GCGAGAAUUUUUUAGUCAGGACUGCGCAUACUGAAACUUCCGUUUCAACUACAUUGACACCAUCUGUAACUUCUAUAAGUUAUGAAAGAACUUUGAAAAUGCCAACUCCCAUACUUAGUCCAAUGCAAAUUGACCUUGAUAAAGAAAUUGAUUAUUAUAACGUCGAUGACGAUGAUAACGAAGAAUAUAAUGAUAACCGCGAUAAAAGUGAUACCCGUGAGCCUUUACCAAAACCACAUAUUGUAGAGGGUGAACGUUACCUAAUUGUGAAAGAGUUUAAUUAUGCCAUGAAUGUAUUAGAUGGAAAGAUACUUAUAAUAACCAAAUAUAAAAAUGUAGCUAAAGAACUUAUUCCAACGUCUUUAUAUCAUUCAGAUAUAGAGUACCGAAAGGCUUUAGAAACAUAUUUAUCUAAAUAUGCAGAAUAUUACAUUAAAAAUAUUGGGCAAAACGCAUGGAUUUCUUUAUUUUCAGAUAAAUUAUUGGCAGAGAUAAAAACUAAAUGCAGAAGCAGGAGAAAUGAUUUUGCCGCAAGUAUCAGGAGUGCCAUGUUUUCCGUCUUUGGAGAACAGCGAUUGAAACGCAUAGAUAACAAUUCUCCUUCUAUGAAGAUCGCUGAAUGGAAACAGAAUCAAAAAACGCGUAAUGCAUUUUAUGAACUUUUCAAAAAUCAUGAUAUUCUAACGAAAAUUGGCCAUUCAGUUUUCAAACAAUAUAGGGAUAAAGAACUUCCUUUUACACAUUGUGCGUAUAUUCUAUCAAUAUGUGACAUCUUGUUAAAUCCCAAUAGCUAUAGUAUUAAGUGUAAUGACAAGUCUGUUAUGAAAAGAGUCAAAUUUUUUCUAGUAAAUAAUUUUCGCAAAUUUUCGCAGUUCUUUUAAUCUUUUAAUAUUUUACAGAUAUUAAUCUAUAAUUAAUUAACAGCAAGCGUUUAGAAAUAAAACGCAAAUAACUCCUCGAAUAAUGGAGGAAUUAGCUGAAAAAGAAGCAAAAGAAGUUAGUCAAAGA